AUCUUCAAAUGUGUCAAAUUCAUGAAAAAUAACCGGCGGUGGCUGCAAAGUGCAAGUGUAAUUAAAACUACAAGAUCUAACAAAAAUAAAAUUUAAUACUACUAUUUAAUAUCUUUUAUGAUAUUUUUUGCUAAAACAUAAAAAUGGCUAUGCGUGACUACGCUUCUGAUAAAGAGGGGUUUAAAAACUUUUUUAUUGACUUCUGCCAAACUGACGAUGAAGGGCACAAGUUCUUCAAAUAUUCUGAACAGCUUAGCAAAGUUGCACACAGGGAACAGGUGUCAUUUGUGGUUGAGUUGGAUGACUUGCACGAUAUGAACCAGGAGUUGGCAGAAGCUGUGAUGAAGAACACUAGACGCUACACAAACAUGGUGUCAGAUGUUGUCUAUGAAAUGAUCCCAGAUUAUAAACACAGAGAGGUUGCAGCCAAAGAUACAUUAGACGUGUACAUUGAACACCGGAUCAUGUUGGAGGCGCGGAACCACCGGAUCCCAGGAGAGAUGCGCGACCCAAGGAACAGAUACCCUGCUGAACUUAUAAGAAGAUUUGAAGUGUACUUCAAAGACAUGUCAACAUCAAAAUCAGUGCCGAUAAGAGAAGUCAAGGCCGAGCACAUUGGUAAACUGGUGACAGUGCGGGGGAUAGUGACUCGCUGCACCGACGUCAAGCCUCUGCUAGUAGUGGCAACAUAUUCAUGUAGUGCCUGCGGGGCGGAGACAUACCAGCCUGUGAGAUCAUUGCAGUUCACCCCACCACCCGCCUGCACUGCAGAUGAGUGCCGACUUAACAAGACUGCUGGGCAGCUGCAUUUGCAGACUAGGGGAUCUAGGUUCCAGAAGUUCCAGGAGUUGAAAAUACAAGAGCAUUCUGAUCAAGUGCCAGUGGGACACAUCCCGCGACAGCUGUCGGUGUACUGCCGCGGCGACACGACGCGACGCGCGCAGCCCGGCGACCACGUGGCCAUCACCGGCGUGUUCCUGCCGCUGCUCAACUCCGGCUUCAGGCAGAUGGUGCAGGGCCUGCUCUCCGACACCUACCUCGAAGCGCACGGUGUGACGUGUCUGAACCAAACAGACGAAGGGGAAAUGGCUGAGCCACUCACAGAGGAGGAGUUGGCGGAUUUGGCGGAGGACGACUUGUAUUCGAGGAUGGCGCGCAGUCUCGCGCCAGAGAUCUAUGGCCAUGAAGAUGUGAAGAAGGCACUCCUACUGCUACUAGUGGGAGGCGUGGACAAGCGUCCAAAUGGCAUGAAGAUUCGUGGCAACAUCAACAUCUGCCUGAUGGGCGACCCCGGCGUGGCCAAGUCGCAGCUGCUCAACUACAUCGACCGGCUCGCGCCGCGCAGCCAGUACACCACCGGCAGGGGCUCCUCCGGCGUGGGCUUGACUGCUGCAGUCUUGAAGGACCCCUUCACGGGCGAGAUGAUGCUGGAGGGCGGCGCACUGGUGCUGGCCGACCAGGGCGUGUGCUGCAUUGACGAGUUCGACAAGAUGGCGGAGAACGACCGCACCGCCAUACACGAGGUCAUGGAGCAGCAGACCAUUAGUAUUGCUAAAGCGGGUAUAAUGACGUGUCUGAACGCGCGCGUGUCCAUCCUCGCGGCCGCCAACCCCGCGUACGGGCGCUACAAUCCAAAGCGUACCAUUGAGCAGAACAUACAGCUGCCCGCCGCGUUGCUGUCGCGUUUCGAUCUGCUUUGGCUGAUCCAGGAUAAACCUAAUAGGGAGAAAGAUCUGGAACUGGCCAAACACAUAGCCUACGUCCAUCAGCACUCCAUGCAGCCCCCCGGCCAGACGCGCGCUCUGCCCAUGAAGCUGGUCCGACGGUACCUGGGCCUGACGCACCGCAAGCACCCUGCCGUGCCGAGAAACCUUACGGAGUAUAUCGUGUCAUCGUACGUGGAGCUGCGACGGGAAGCGCGGAACGCCCGUGACGUCACCUUCACGUCGGCCAGGAAUUUGCUCGCUAUUCUACGCCUGUCUACUGCACUCGCGCGACUGAGACUAUCAGACAUGGUGGAAAAGGAAGACGUGUCGGAGGCGAUCCGGUUAGUAGAAAUGUCGAAGCAAUCUCUACAGCAUGUAGAAGAAAACGUACAGAGGGGUAUAAGCGCCACGGACCGCAUCUUCGCGAUAGUGCGCGAGCUGGCCGGCUCCAGCAACACGGUGAAGAUCGCUGACGUCAUCGAGCGCUGCGUCGACAAGGGCUUCAAACCCGACCAGGUGGAUAAUUGUAUCGAAGAGUACGAGAAUCUCAACGUGUGGCAAGUGAACCAAGUGCGGACCAAGAUCACCUUCAUGUAAUGCGUUUAAGUAUAGCCUGACCAGUGGCGCUAACAUGCGACUAAGGAGACAAUCUCGUGCAGAGAAAUAGACAAAUUUCAACCAAUGGCGGUGCAACCGGAAAUGACGCUAUCUCUAUCAUUGCGUUGGUACGAAAGAGAUGGGACUGGGACGAUUGGACGCCGCCGCCAUUGAACAAUAUUUUGUCUAUUUCUCUUCACUUAGUCGCACGUUAGCGCCACAGAUAUGUAAAAAAAAUUUUGAAAGGUACUUAGUAUGCUUAGACUUGCCAAUUGCCUCGUUGUCAGGUUAGCCUAUGUGCUUUCGGAUCACAUGGUCGUGGGUUCGAAUCCUGAGUCGAGUUAUGAAAUACUGAGUUCCUCUUCUAAGAAAUGUUCUGUUGAAAUUCUCAACCAGGUGUUGGGAAGGCGGUCCCGGUCAUUAUCAUUAACAUCUGAUAGUGAUCGUUAUAGAAUUUAACAUUAUCACCGUAAGGCCACCAACCCGCAUUGGUGAAGCAUGGUGGGUCUAAGCUCCAUAUCCUUCUAUACGGGAGGCCUUCCUGCUAGCCGUGUGUUAAAAUAGGCUGAUGAUGAUGCUAAUGAAAGAAAUGAGUUCCUUUUUUUCCCAGCAUGGAGAGGUAUUUUAUUUUUCUUGUCAGGUUAUAUAAUCGUUUAAGAUAAAUAGUUAUGUAAGCAACUCCCUGUGCCUGAUGUUUGUUUUAAUUAAUUGUAAUGAUUGUAUUGUGAUUAUAAUUAAAUAUUUUUGAAGUA